UAUCUAUUUUGUGCCAAAUAAAUUGCUUGUUUGGUACUCAUUUGGGCUCAGUUUGGAUCAGCAUAUCUCCUUUUGUAUGCAUGAUCAAAAUUGUGGUCACCAUAUAUCCAUAUAUCUCCGUGCAUUGCAUCACUUGUUCGGCCGUUUUGCUCUUCUCUUCUCACCGAAGCAAACCCAUCUUGCUCUGCUCACUCUGCCACUGGCUGGGCGGGCAUUCUGCCAUGGAUCCACCCUCACCGCCGCACGAUCAUGGUCAGCAUGACCAAGAGCACCAUCUGGAUGGGUGCCCGGCGGCCAGGGAGAAGAGGCCCGGAGGGUGGGCGGCGGCGGUGGCCGGCGAGGCGCGGGCGCAGCGGGGCAUCGCGCUGCCGCUCAUCGGCAUGAACCUCACGUGGUUCGCCAAGCAGGCCGUCACCACCGCCUUCCUCGGCCGCCUCGGCGACCUCGAGCUGGCCGCCGGCACGCUCGGCUUCAGCUUCGCCAACGCCACGGGCUUCGCGGUCCUCACGGGCCUCUGCGGCGCCAUGGACCCCAUCUGCGGCCAGGCGCACGGGGCCGGCAACGCGGCGCUGCUCCGCCGCACGCUGCUCAUGGCCACCGCCAUGCUGCUCGCCGCCUCCCUGCCCAUCGCGCUCCUCUGGCUCCGCGUCGACACCGUGCUCCUCCGCGUGUUCGGCCAGCAGCCCGACAUCGCGGUGGUGGCGAGGCGGUACGUGGUGUGCCUCCUCCCUGACCUCGCCGUCGCAUCCUUCCUCGGCCCGCUCAAGGCGUACCUCAGCUCCCAGGAGGUGACGCUGCCCACGCUCUUCGCCUCCGCCGUGGGGCUCGCCGUCCACGUCCCGCUCACCGCGUGGCUGGCGCGGACAAGGGGCGUCGAGGGCGUCGCCGCCGCCGUCUGGCUCAGCGACCUCGCCGUCGCGGUCCUUCUCUCCGCCUACGUGCUCGCGUCCGACGUCCUCCUCGCCAGGAAGAGCGCCAAGACGGCGUCUGCAGCGGCGCCGUGCGCGCGGUGGUGGUGGCCGGAGGAAACGAAGACGGCGGCGGCAGACUGGCUCCGGCUGAUCCGGCUGGCCGUCCCCUGCUGCCUCAACACGUGCCUCGAGUGGUGGUGCUACGAGAUCCUGAUCCUGCUCACGGGCCGCCUGCCGGACGCCCGGCGCGCGGUGGCGGUGAUCGCGAUCACCCUCAACUUCGACUACCUCCUCUUCGCCGGCAUGCUGUCCCUCUCCGUGAGCGCGUCCGUGCGCGUGUCCAACUCCCUGGGCGCGGGCGACGCCGCGGGGGCGCGCAGGGCCGGCGCCGUCUCAAUCCUCGGCGGCGUGCUCGCCGGUGCAUUGGGCGGGCUGCUGAUGCUGGCGUCGCGGCGGCAGUGGCCUCGCCUCUACACGCGCGGCGCGGAGGUGCGGGAGGGCGUGGGGAAGGCGAUGAAGGUGAUGGCGGCGCUGGAGGUGGUGAACUUCCCGCUGAACGUGUGCGGCGGCAUCGUGCGCGGCACGGCGAGGCCGGCCGUCGGCAUGUACGCCGUGCUGGGCGGGUUCUACCUGGUGGCGCUGCCGGUCGGCGUGGCGCUGGGGUUCAGGGCCCGGCUGGGGAUCGAGGGGCUGCUGGCCGGGUUCAUCAUCGGCGCGGCCGCGAGCCUGGCCGUGCUGCUCGUGGUGAUCGCGCGCAUGGACUGGGGCGCCGAGGCCGACAAGGCGCGGCUGAGGGCCGGCGCCGGCGCCGGCGCCGACGAUGACGCUAAUGCUGCACAAAAGGAGGCACCCCAAAAUGCUGCUGCUGACGUCUGACCAAAACUCCAACCAUUAAGAAGUAGUCUGAAUUUAAUCUGAGUGCGAUGUACAUACUGCUCCUAGUCCUACAUGAAGAUGAAACUUUGGAGAUUUUGUUUUGAAUUCGGUAGAUGAAUGGUGUCUUCGAAUACUUUCACCAA